CAGUAGUUGUGGCAUACGGGCUUAGCUGCUCCACGGCAUGUGGGAUAUUAGUUCCCUGACCAGGGCUCGAACCUGCGUCCCCUGCAUUGGAAGCAGGAUUCUUGACUACUGGACCACCAGGGAAGUUCCUAAUUACACUUUUAUUUGUUUAUUUUUAAAGAAAUUAUAUUUAUUUACUUAUUUAUUUAUUUUUGGCUGCAUUGGGUCUUCGUUGCUGCUUGCGGGCUUUCUCUAGUUGCAGCGAGUGGGGGCUACUCUUCGUUGCGGAGCACGGCCUCUAGGCACGCGGGCUUCAGUAGCUGUGUCACAGGGGCUUCAGCAUUGUGGCACACGGGCUCAGUAGUUGUGGCGCCACGGGCUUAGUUGCUCUGCGGCAUGUCGAUCUUCCCAGACCAGGGCUCGAACCCGUGUCCCCUGCAUCGGCAGGAGGAUUCUUAACCACUGCGCCACCAGGGAAGCCCCUAAUUACUCUUUUAAAAUUGAGAGCUAAAACAGUUAAAAAUGUGAAACUAAAUUUAAUAUUAAAUUUAAUCUUCCAUCUUCUAGAUGUGCCUUAAUUCUCUUAAGUAUUCCCAAUUUCUUGUGUGACAGAUAAUGCAGCAGAUAACACACUUUUGCAGGGAGAAAUGCUUUGCUGCAUUUUUGAUGAUUUCUCUAGGAUGCAAUGCCUUUGAGCAGAGGCUGAUCGGCCUGAUCCUUGCUGUCAAACGGUAAUCACACUUUCGGAUCAGUCCUGUUUUCCAGGGUCUUGGCCUUUUGGGAACUGAGCACUCUUAUGGAGGAAGGGGGGAUCAGGUUGUUUUGUCUUGACUUUAAAACCUAAUCUAGUUUCAAAGUGCUCUGGCUGCUCUCUGGAUUACCGGCAGGCACUAGAGCACGCUGACUCUGCACUGCAGUCACAGGACCAGUUCUACGGGGUCGGAGGAUUUCAGUGAAGCCCGGAAGCAUGCUGCUUUGGGAGCUGAGGGGGUCACCGCCACGCAUGCCAGCGAGUCCCUGUGGCAAAGGCCUUCAGGGAGGGGGGCUCCCUGUGGAUAAGGUGGGCAGAAAGGACAGGAGGGAGGGUCAGGAAGUGAGAAGGUGGGCCGCCUUUUCUCCACGCAGCUGCCACGGCUCUCACGGCGGGGCGCGUGUCCUCCCGGGGCUGGUGCCCACCUGCGUCUGAACACUCCCCCGUGGGGCCCUUCUUCCUGCCAGGUGCCUGCCAGGUCUGCAGGGAACUGACCCUGCAGACAGUUUACAAGACCAGGGGGGUGAGUGACACCCACAGACCCUCCUGGGAGUCUGAGAUGGAAUCGUCUCUCUCUCUCUCUCUGCUUCAGGGGGGCUUGUACAGAGCCCCCACCCUGUGCAAGGACUGAUUGGCUUGAGAAAACCCUAAAGGAGGUGGCGGAAAAGAGCAUGUGGAGGCGGCGAAUGCCAGGCCAGGCCACGGCCUGCGGUAUGGCAGGCUACUGACACCGCCGCCUGCCGGCCAGGAGAAAGACGAGCUGGGCUGUAGCCAGGGGGUGUGCAGAAGGCCCCGGGUCACUUAGGAAGCUGCCAGUUCCCGGCCCUGAGGGGACCAGGUGGGGCAGAGGGCCAGGGAGGGCCCUAGGACAGGACUGGAGGAGAUGGGGGCGGAGUGCAGCACCGCGACGUCCUUCUGACCCGGGCCAGUCUCUGGCCUCUGAUCUUCUCAUGUGCAGCCCAGACUGUCCCAAAAGCGUCAGUAAAAAGGGCCACCAGAUGGUGCCCAUGCCCCUCACAGAGACCACCCAGCACACAGGCAGCCUCCUUGUUCCCAGGGGCGGUGAGAACGGUCCACCGACGUAUCACUUUCAAGGGACUGACCCCAAAUGAAGAGGCCCUUUGAGACAGUAACUCUUCCCUCCCAAGUGAGCUGACACACAUUUAAAGUUCACAUGACAAGCGGGGAACUCUCAGGCCCGGAAAACCACGAAGAGGCGGGAAGGGGUCUUGCUUGUCAAGAGCCGACUUUGCUGACACACGAGGAUAGGCAGGGCAGGCCCCGCUCCUCCCACCCUCACCUGAUCCUUGGGUGCAGGUGCCUUCCUCGGAACCCGGCCCGACAGCUGCCCGGGGUCCGAACCAGGCUCUGCCUCCGCGACCCAGGCUGGAUUGCGUUUCGAAGCUGUUCAUUUGGAGAGAACUUCAAACGUACACGACAGUGCUAGAAUAAGAGCCUAAGUCUAGGACGCCUGUGGACCCUGUCCCCGGACUCACUCAGGGUUACUUCACCCCUCCUACUGUACCGUUUGCUCUCUAAGUGCUUUUCCCCAACGGGCACGUCGCGGCCCUCCCCCUGCGGACACCUCCGCUCGAGGGCGCGCUUCCCAGGCGGGAAGGGGCAUCGGCCUGCGCCCAGCCCGGCCCACGGCGCGAUGCGCUCGGGCGCACCGCCUCUGUCCCAGCGGCGAUGCCUGCGGACUGCCCGGGCCCCCAGGACCCCAUCCGCCCCCCGGGGCCCUGACCUGGUCGGCGAUGGCCUGGGUGUCGGCCGUGGCCGGCUGCGUGCCGGUGGGCGCGCCGCACAUCAUCUCGGCGGCGGGCGGGGCGGGCGGCCGUGGACACCAGACGGCUGUCACUCGGGAGCAGCGGACUCUGGCGGGAGCAGCGGACUCUGGCGGAAAGCGGACUCUGGCGGGAGCAGCGGACUCUGGCGGGAGCAGCGGACAGAAAUCCAGUCCCCAGCCCGGCGCGGCGGUCACGUGACGCGCGGGCGGAACCACUGCGCGAGGCUGAGGGGAAUCCGGGACCGGACAUGGGGUGCCGGGCGCCCGGGACGGGAACGGGGCGCGGGGCUUCUGAUAGGGAUGCGCCGUGGGCGGGCGCAGGCCGCAGCCUGGGACCCCCGGCAGGCACCUUCGCGGGACCAAGGGUCGUGUGCUGUAGGACUGUCCCCUCUCCCUGGGUUUGGUGUCGGCCACCCGCGUCGGCUGAGUCAGACGGCGGGAUGGGCGCGCGGCCGCAGGACCCGGAAAGAGGGUGGUUUCACUCACGACGAGCUGCUGAAGGUGUGGAAAGGACUGUUCUAUUGUAUGUGGAUGCAGGACAAGCCACUCCUCCAGGAGGAACUUGGCAGGACCAUUUCCCAGCUCAUCCACGCUUUCCAGACCACAGAGGCACAGCACCUGUUCCUUCAGACGUUCUGGCAAACCAUGAACCGCGAGUGGAUGGGCAUCGAUAGGCUGCGCCUGGACAAGUUCUACAUGCUCAUGCGGAUGGUCCUGCACGAGUCACUGAAGGCCCUGAAGACGCGCGGAUGGGACGAGAGACAGAGCGAGCAGCUGCUGGAGCUGCUGAUGACAGAGAUCCUGCACCCCGACAGCCAGGCCCCCAGCGGAGUGAAGAGCCACUUCAUCGAGAUCUUCCUGGAGGAGCUGACCAAAGUGGGCGCCCACGAGCUGACGGCGGACCAGAACCUCAGGCUCAUCGGGCCCUUCUGCACGGUCGCCGCCCGGACUCAGGACUCCCUGGUUUUGCACACCGUCACCCGAGGCAUCUUUGAGGCGAUUGUGGAACAGGCCCCGCUGGCCAUCGAGGAUCUCAUGAAUGAACUGGAGGAGGAGGAGGAGGAGGACGGGGACACGCCGUCCAGGGAGCCCCCUGAAGGCUGCCCCGUGGCUGGACCAGCCACCCCUCUUCCUCCUCCUGGGACUUCUGGCCCUGCGAUUGAUGCCUAAGAUGCCCUCUCAUGACCCCCUCCUGGUUUCAC